AUGAAAGACCUCACGCCACUCUUCACCCAAUGUGUGCGCAUCUGUGAGAAGGAGCUCACGCUCCAGCAGCCAAAGCCUCACAAGCAUGCCACAAUCGCUGACACCUUCAUGAAGGAGUGCCACGAGCUCCACACUAGCAUCGGCGUGUUGGGCCGGUUUCUCGGGGAAAUCCGCACUGCAUACCUCCUUUCGUCCUCCAACCGUAAGGAUGCGUUGAGCGACCAGCAAAAGAACGAGAUUGAUGAGGAAACCAGUGCACAGUUACAGCAGUUUGUGCAGAAGUUGAAAUUCUUGGAAAAAUAUGAGAAGAAGCGCCAGGAGGUGGGCCACAAGGCCGCUGGCGGAUUCUGGGAGUCGCUAGACGGUCCAUCGGUGUAUGAAACAACAGUGAAUACCUUCCGAUCCAAUGUCUUGGUAUAUCUUUCGCAACUGUUGCAGACAGUGUCGGUGACGUUGACGGCGUUGCAGUCAAAGCGACUCCAGCGACAGAAGGAAAUCUCGAUGUCUGACUACCAGAAUAUUGAAGAGUUUCGGCCGCUUCGGGCCACGUCUCCGGACCAGCUUUCGUACGACGACAAUGCGGCAUAUCAGGCGAUUCAGGCGGAAUUGGCAGCGCCGUCAAACCAGGUGCUUCUUCAGCUUGAGUCUGAGAACAAACAGCUCUUGUCGCAAAAGACAAACGAUCUACAGAAGAUUCACAAGAUUGAAUCCUCCAUCACAGACAUUAUCAGCUUGCAGAACGACUUGAACUUGACCUUGUCUGCGCAGACCCAGACCAUCAACACUUUGAUUGAAAACCAGGAAGAGAUGGAGGUGAACAUGAGCUUGGGCAAUAAGAACCUCAAGAAGGCGGGGGGGAGGAACUCUCUGACCUCCCGCAUUAUCAUUCUCAUGUGUAUAGUCUUGGGCAGUUUCUUGUUGGCUAUGGACUACAUGCUAAGCUAA